UAUUUGGAAAGCUAUAAGAGUGUAAGAGAGAGAGAGGGAGGAGUUGGUGGUGUCUCGUACUCUUAUCCGUUAGCGAUGAAUUUGGCGGUGUCAGCGUUGGGAGGGUGGAGGCUCUCGAAUGGGGCAAUGUUUCUGUUUAUGGGAGGCGAAGGUUCGGGAACGCGAGUGGGACAUGGGAGAGUGUGGACUCGGACUCGGACCAAGGUUAGCGGAGUGAGGUGGAACGGGCCGGUGCCGCUAAACGACGACGUUCUGGAGAAGGAAGUGGUUUUCGAGCAGUGCGUGACGCGGAGCCUCUCUCCGGCGCUGACAUUGGAGGAGGCGCUGGAGAAGAUGAACGAGGCUCUGGAAGCGCUGAAGCUGAAGAGGCCUUCUUCUUGCACGGGGUUCCUUAGGUUUCAGGUGGCGCUCCCUCCGAGUCCCAAGGCCUUCGCUUUGUUCUGCUCUCAACCACACUCCUCCUCCGUCUUCCCUCUCAUUUAUGUUUCCAAGAACAGCGACGCUGACUUCAAAUCUCUCUGUGUCAAUGAAACCCGCGGUGUUUGCGCCAUCGGUGCUGCUGUUUCCUUCGCUCCUUCAAACUACCACACUUUCGUCAACAGGUACAUAUCGUCUGAUUCAACCGAUAUAGUGGCCUAUGGUUUUAUGGAUGUGACUUUGGAUGGUAACGUGAGUCACCAGGAAGGUUCUUUUUGCUUUUUCAUCCCUCAGAUUGAGUUAGAUGAGCUGGAAAGUGGUUCCAUUCUGACAAUGACACUCGCAUGGGAUGACUUUUCCCUCUCUACUUUUCGAGAAGCCCAUCAUUUGCUUGAAGUUUCUCUAGGCCAGGUUAUGCGUCAUGUAUGGUCCACUAUUGACACAUGGAAAUUCAAAUGCACUAGAGCUGCCCUCGGCAAACUCAAUUUGGUAGAGGACAAAUCUAUUUCAAGGGUAUAAGCUCAUUUCU